UUGUAAAUUGAAAAAUCAGAUUUCCGAAUAAUACAUCAAUCGGGAUGAAAAACUUGAUAAAACUAAUCCUAGUCAAUGAUCCGGCUGCUAGGCUAGAACUUGAUGAAAUAAAAGAUCAUCCCUUCUUUAACAAAGUGGAUUGGUCAAAUGUUGAAAAGUUAAGCCAAACUCCUCCAUAUAUCCCAAAAGAGUUUACAAACCAUGGGCUGAUCAUGGCAAAAUAUAAAGGAGUAAACUUAAAAAUUGAAGAGAGCUUCCCAAAGAUGGAUUUCAGCUCCUUUAAUGAUUAUAAUCUAAUCAGAGUCAAUGAAGAAUUUAAGAAUUUUUAA